AUGUUUAAGAGUCUCUUGCCUUCGAGGCGAGUACCCUCUGUGGACUUCCAAAUGGUUACUAGCCCUGUGGAAUCAGCGUCGAAUGGGAAGGAGAAUUUUCCUGGAACGCAUCCUCCAGCUGACGCUAGGACCACACGACCGGAAAAGUCCAAGAAACGCAAGGUCAAGGAGCAGCCAGUCAAUGGCUACCUAACAAGCGAGGCAUUUGAAAAGCUUCUGGAUGACAUGCAGAUUCCUGAAAAUAUGCGCGAAAAACUUGCAACUAUGGACGCCAGCGUCAAAGCGGCAUUCCUCAAAUCCUCCAAAGAGAUGGCGAUGAUGAACAAUUCCAAUCCUAAUAUCCCUCUAACACCUCGCGGACUUCGCAAAGCCCACAGUAGCGAAUCGCUGAGCUCGCCUCGUCCGCCAGCAAAACACUCAUUUCAGCACUAUGACCUCUCUCGUGCGCCAGAGCACCCAAGAUUUAUGGGCGCUCACAAUCGAGGGGUUUCAUUCGACGCCGGCCGCCAGCCCAUCGACGUGACGGCGGAGCCUCUUUCUAAAGUGCCCAAGGACAAGCGGGGCAAGACUAGUGUGGUCACGCCGGCAAAGUGGGCCAGUAUCCUUGCUAGCGUGUCGACGGUUCAACUCGAGGUCGAAACUGCUAAGAAGCUAAGAGUACUAUUAAGAAACGAGCCUUUGAGUUGGACACAGGAGUUUCUGAGAGAAGGUGGUUAUUCUGCUUUGCUCACCCGUCUCGAUGAAAUAUUACAAGUCGAAUGGCGGGAGGAACAACAUGGCGACAAAAUUCUUCACGAGCUUCUCCGAUGCCUCAAAGCAUUUUCUACAUCUGCUAUUGGUUGUGCGGCUUUGCGAAGCCAAUGCCCUGCUCCAUACCCUCAGCUCAUAUCUCUAUUAUAUUCUGACAAACGGCCAGGAGAAGUUUCAACUCGCCAGCUAAUCAUAGAACUGUUGUUGAUCCUCUUCGACGUAUAUCCACCAUCCUCGCUACCCGCGGCAGGAAGCCCAGCAACGUCAAGUCAGCCAUUCGGUCAUGCACGCUCACAAUCCGUUCCAUGGGAGAAUGAUGUGAGCUUGUCCGCAUCAAGUAGCUUAAUUACACUUCCCGCUCCACAUUCGACGCUGUUUUCCCUCAUUAAAUCGCUCUUGCUUAUUCAAGCGCCUCCUCCGGCCGAACAGACGAGCCUGCCAGUCGAACCACACGCUUUCAUUGAGGGCAUUCAUCUGCCGCGGAUCUACAAGACCUACAUGGAGGAACUCAAUAACGUCUGCCGGGAUUACUUCUGGGUCUUUUGCCAUCCGAACAAUACCAUCUGGAACCUAGAAGAGACGGAUGAUACGAAAGUGGAGAAGCCUCGUGCGCCCGGUGGCAUGACCGGCGGUGUUGAGUUUGAGGCCAUGACAUACAUGACCACUCACUUCAAAUUCAUAAACGCACUUGCGAAAUUAGCUGAGGACCUCCGCAUGCCUCCAGGCCACGAGUGCUCUGCGUUCCAAUUCCAUAAGGACAUGUUCCUAUCUGGCAUUGAACGUAUCGUUCUGAUGGGACGCAAGGCCUCCACCACCUACUAUCCUACAUUGCAUCUGGAGAUCGCACGAUAUGUCGCUGCCGCAGGUCGCUCGGGCUACGAAGUACCAUGGUCGACCGCACGGUAUAUCGGCUCCCCUCCCUCAGGCAUGCGCAAGUCUGUCGCCCGGACACCUAAAACGCAACCACCUGUCCAUGCUAGCAGAUCAGCUCACUCCGUUCCCAGCUCGCCCACGAAGAGUUCCGCUCCUCCGCCACCAGGUCCAGUAUUGCCUGGCAUGCGGAAAGUUACGCCUAUGUUUGGGUUAAGACCUGAGCACCAUUAA